AUGAAUAUUGUUGGUGUACCAUACGGUGUUGCACCAGCACGCUUGGUCUUCAAGAAGCACCACAAGAAAGCCCUCAGCAACGCCUCUACCGAUAUCGCAAACAGCGCGGAGUUAAUCUUGCGGUGGGUAUCAGGAUCCCCAUUUCAAGGCGCCGCCGGCAGCGGGCAAAGUGAUCUCGACGUUGCCAAGGGUCUACAUGCGAAGCACGUUCUAGAACAUCACUGGGAUUCCUGGAUCACCUCCAGCGAUUUCGAAUGGCUCGCGGCAAGGGGAAUCAACACUGGCGGAUCCCACAUCGUCUCAUGCCGCCUUAAACAGAUCGGAUACUAUCAUAUCUGUGCGCUGGACCCAUCUAUCCUUACUCGAACCGACUUCGAUGGUCUUCAACAUGUUUUUGAAGGAGCAUGGAGUAGACUCGUUGCCGCGGUGGUCACAGCCCAGAGCUUUGGAAUUGGGGUGUUGUUUGACCUCCAUGCAGCUCCUGGCAAACAGAACAAAGAUUCGCACUCCGGAACAUCAUCCCCGGUAAUUUCGUUUUUCAACAGCAGAUUUAAUAUGCAGCUGGCCAUUCGCACUCUCCGGAUACUGGUCACGCAGCUUAUCGCUCUGCGGGCACAUGGACCCGUAUUCGACAAUAUAGCAAUCCAAGAGAUAAGAAAGAUAGAUUCUGGUUUCCCAAUCUACAUAUCAGACUGCUGGAUGACUGAUCAAUAUGCCGAUUUCGUCGCACACUUACCGUCUUCCUUGGCGCUGACUUGCAUCGACUAUCACCUGUACCGGUGUUUCACGUCGAGCGACAUAUCAACAUCAGCAGCACAGCAUACUGCGUCCCUUGUUGAUCGGAAUGAUCCCUUUUCGCAAAUGUUCUCCCGCGUUUCAGAGAAACUCGCAGCAUCAGGAAGUGGACUCAUAGUUGGCGAGUGGUCUGGAGCUUUGAAUCCAGGCUCUUUGCAAGGUACAACCGAUGAACAUCAGGAACGAGCGUCUUACAUUCGGGCUCAGCUUGACCUGUUCGAGCUGUACUGCGCUGGAUCUUUCUUUUGGACGUACAAGAAAGAGUGGCCUGGAGACCAAGGAUGGUCUUUUCGAGACGCAGUCGAAAAUGGCAUCUUUCCAGAAGUUGUGGGCAUGAUUCCAGUAAAGGAUCAUGUUGGACUCAGUGCCGACAUAAACGCUAGAAAGGUGACCGCUAGAAAUGUAGCCUUGGGCCAACAUGUAUCCUACUGGGCCCGUUUUCCUAGUUAUUAUGAGCAUUGGCGUUUUGAAGCCGGCUUUGACCAGGGCUGGGUCGUGGCUUACGACUUCUUCACCUUCGAUCGCGCGGGCCAGGUCGCCGUCUCAGAACUGGGAUUCAAGGGCUGCAUUGCGAAGAGGAAGGCGCAAGACCAUAUUCGUGAAUACGGGCGCAGCAACAACAUUUGGGAGUUCGAGCAUGGAUUUAGCCAAGGGGUAGAUGUUGCGAAGCACGAUUUUCAACAUCACUACUGCUGA